CAGAAGUCUGGGCAGGGUUUUAUGGGCUCUGAUAAGGCCCUGGCAGGGCCGAAGUUCAUGAGCACUUCCUCUUUGCAGGAGGGCGUAGGGGAGGGGACGCAGGUGAUUUGGGUCCUGGCUGGUCACCAGGGAAGCUGGCAAGGGAAGGGAGACUAGGGUGUGCUCUAGGAGAAGCCGACAGCCUGAGAGUUCCAGAAGAGGAGCCCUGUGGACCCUCCCCUGCCAGCCACUCCCUUACCCUGGGUAUAAGAGCCACCACCGCCUGCCAUCCGCCACCAUCUCCCACUCCUGCAGCUCUUCUCACAGGACCAGCCACUAGCGCAGCCUCGAGCGAUGGCCUAUGUCCCCGCACCGGGCUACCAGCCCACCUACAACCCGACGCUGCCUUACUACCAGCCCAUCCCGGGCGGGCUCAACAUGGGAAUGUCUGUUUACAUCCAAGGAGUGGCCAGCGAGCACAUGAAGCGGUUCUUCGUGAACUUUGUGGUUGGGCAGGAUCCAGGCUCAGACAUCGCCUUCCACUUCAAUCCGCGGUUUGACGGCUGGGACAAGGUGGUCUUCAACACGUUGCAGGGCGGGAAGUGGGGCAGCGAGGAGAGGAAGAGGAGCAUGCCCUUCAAAAAGGGUGCCGCCUUCGAGCUGGUCUUCAUAGUCCUGGCUGAGCACUACAAGGUGGUGGUAAAUGGAAAUCCCUUCUAUGAGUACGCGCACCGGCUUCCCCUACAGAUGGUCACCCACCUGCAAGUGGAUGGGGAUCUGCAACUUCAAUCAAUCAACUUCAUCGGAGGCCAGCCCUCCCGGCCCCAGGGACCCCCGAUGAUGCCACCUUACCCUGGUCCCGGACAUUGCCAUCAACAGCUGAACAGCCUGCCCACCAUGGAAGGACCCCCAACCUUCAACCCGCCUGUGCCAUAUUUCGGGAGACUGCAAGGAGGGCUCACAGCUCGAAGAACCAUCAUCAUCAAGGGCUAUGUGCCUCCCACAGGCAAGAGCUUUGCCAUCAACUUUAAGGUGGGCUCCUCAGGGGACAUAGCUCUGCACAUUAAUCCCCGCAUGGGCAACAGUACCGUGGUCCGGAACAGCCUUCUGAAUGGCUCGUGGGGAUCCGAGGAGAAGAAGAUCACCCACAACCCAUUUGGUCCCGGACAGUUCUUUGAUCUGUCCAUUCGCUGUGGCUUGGAUCGCUUCAAGGUUUACGCCAAUGGCCAGCACCUCUUUGACUUUGCCCAUCGCCUCUCGGCCUUCCAGAGGGUGGACACGUUGGAAAUCCAGGGUGAUGUCACCUUGUCCUAUGUCCAGAUCUAAUCUAUUCCUGGGGCCAUAACUCAUGGGAAAACAGAAUUAUCCCCUAGGACUCCUUUCUAAGCCCCUAAUAAAAUGUCUGAGGGUGUCUCA